CAGAGCGCCAGCCGCCAACAGAAAGCCGCGGCGCCCGGCCCGGGGGCGACCGGCCCGUAGCGCCCCCGGGUCUGUCCCCGGGGCGCCAUGGCCCCACCGAGGCCGGGCGCACCCGCGGGGCCUCGGACGCGUCGGCUAGCGCGCCGCUGAGCAGGGUGCAGCUUGGAGAGGCCGGGGCCCCCCGGGGCGCAGUAGGGGGCCGGCGCCAUGGAGCCCCCGGCCGCCCCAUCGGAGAGGAGCCUGUCUCUGUCUCUGCCCGGGCCCCGGGAGGGCCAGGCCACCCUGAAGCCGCCCCCCCAGCACCUGUGGCGGCAGCCGCGGACCCCCAUUCGUAUCCAGCAGCGCGGCUACUCCGACAGCGCGGAGCGCGCAGAGCCCGAGCGGUCGCCACACCGGCCCAUAGAGCGCGCCGACGCCGUGGACACCGGCGACCGGCCCGGCCUGCGCACUUCCCGCAUGUCCUGGCCCUCGUCCUUCCACGGUACCGGCACCGGCAGCGGCGGCGCGAGCGGAGGCAGCUGCAGGCGCUUUGAGGCAGAGAAUGGGCCCUCGCCAUCUCCCGGCCGCAGCCCCCUGGACUCGCAGGCGAGCCCGGGCCUCGUGCUGCAUGCUGGGGCCGCCACCAGCCAGCGCCGGGAGUCCUUCCUGUACCGCUCAGACAGCGACUACGACAUGUCCCCCAAAACUAUGUCCCGGAACUCGUCGGUCACCAGCGAGGCGCACGCUGAGGACCUCAUUGUGACACCUUUUGCCCAGGUGCUGGCCAGUCUCCGGAGUGUUCGCAGCAACUUCUCACUCCUGACCAAUGUACCCAUUCCCAGCAACAAACGGUCCCCAUUGGGCGGCCCAACCCCCGUCUGCAAGGCCACGCUAUCAGAAGAGACAUGUCAGCAACUGGCCCGGGAGACACUAGAGGAGCUGGACUGGUGUCUCGAACAGCUGGAGACCAUGCAGACAUACCGCUCCGUGAGCGAGAUGGCUUCUCACAAGUUCAAGAGGAUGUUAAACCGUGAACUCACACACCUGUCAGAGAUGAGCAGGUCAGGAAACCAGGUCUCUGAGUACAUCUCCACCACAUUCCUGGACAAGCAGAAUGAAGUGGAGAUCUCAUCGCCCACAAUGAAGGAUGGAGAAAAACAGCCAGCCCCACGGCAGAGACCCUCCCAGCAGCCCCCGCCCCCUGGGCCACAGUUCCAGCCCAUGUCUCAGAUCACAGGGGUGAAGAAGUUGAGACACAGCAGCAGCCUGAACGAUUCCAGCAUCCCCCGCUUUGGGGUAAAGACUGACCAAGAGGAGCUCCUGGCCCAAGAACUGGAGAACCUGAACAAGUGGGGCCUGAACAUCUUUUGCGUGUCAGAAUACGCCGGGGGCCGCUCCCUCAGCUGCAUCAUGUACACGAUAUUUCAGGAGCGGGACUUGCUAAAGAAGUUUCGCAUCCCAGUGGACACCAUGGUGACCUACAUGCUGACCCUGGAGGACCACUACCACCCCGACGUGGCCUACCACAACAGCCUGCACGCGGCUGACGUGCUGCAGUCCACACACGUGCUGCUGGCCACGCCCGCGCUCGAUGCUGUGUUCACGGACCUGGAGAUUCUUGCCGCCCUCUUUGCGGCUGCCAUUCACGACGUGGACCACCCUGGUGUCUCCAACCAGUUCCUCAUCAACACCAAUUCGGAGCUGGCGCUCAUGUACAACGACGAGUCGGUGCUGGAGAACCACCACCUGGCCGUGGGCUUCAAGCUGCUGCAGGAAGAUAACUGCGAUAUCUUCCAGAAUCUCAGCAAGCGCCAGCGGCAGAGCCUGCGCAAGAUGGUCAUCGACAUGGUGCUGGCCACGGACAUGUCCAAACACAUGACCCUCCUGGCUGACCUGAAGACCAUGGUGGAGACUAAGAAAGUGACCAGCUCGGGUGUCCUCCUGCUGGACAACUACUCCGACCGCAUCCAGGUCCUUCGCAACAUGGUGCACUGUGCGGACCUCAGCAACCCCACCAAACCACUGGAGCUGUACCGACAGUGGACGGACCGCAUCAUGGCCGAGUUCUUCCAGCAGGGCGACCGGGAGCGGGAGCGGGGCAUGGAGAUCAGCCCUAUGUGCGACAAGCACACAGCCUCGGUGGAAAAGUCUCAGGUGGGUUUCAUUGACUAUAUUGUACACCCGCUGUGGGAGACGUGGGCUGACCUGGUCCACCCAGAUGCCCAGGAGAUCCUGGACACGUUGGAGGACAAUCGGGACUGGUACUACAGCGCCAUUCGGCAGAGCCCUUCCCCGCCACCUGACGAGGAGCCCAGAGGGCCAGGCCACCCACCCCCACCGGACAAGUUCCAGUUUGAGCUGACUCUGGAGGAGGAAGAGGAAGAGGAGGUGUCUACCGCCCCAGGUGCAUUUGAAGUUCGGGACUUGACCAUGGCUCAGGAUCCAUCCCCGGCUGAGGAACCGUGGGAGGUGGAUGGCCACGCCCUGCCCACAGAGGUGAAGGUAGAGGAACCUGGCGACACACAGCAAGGCGACUCAGCACAUAGUGUGGCUACGGUCGAGGACGGGGCCAUGUCCCCAGAUGCAUCCGUGGAGGCUGGGGGCCACAGCAGCCCCCUGGCCCUGUCCACUGAGAGUCCCCCUCUGCCUUCCUUGAGGACCCCGCCCUCUCCAGAGGAAGCCCCGGGCCUCCAGGGCCUCCCCUCCGUGGCGGCCGAGGUGGGGGCCCAAAAAGAGCACCAGGCUGCCAAGAGGGCGUGCAGUGCCUGCACAGGAACAUCUGGCGAGGAGCCCACCCCACUCCCAGUUCCUGGUGGGUGGGGGUCAGCUGGAGGUCCUACCUGAGCCCCAGCUCCUCCAUCCUGUUGCUCUCCCCGCCUCCCUCCACCACCAUCACCCCACGACCACCUCCUCCACUGCCUCAAAGACUCUUGGGCCUCCUGAGAAAAAAGAAAACAGAAAAGUGGGGUUUUUUCUCUUUUCUUUUUUUCCUCUUUCUCCCCACCCCCACCCACGGGGCCUCUUUUUGGAGGUGGGGG